AUGAGCACCCAGAACCAGGAUUCUCAGAGUCCGGGCAUAUCCGCCAUAUUUGUCCAUGCUGGCGCAGGUUUUCACAGCCGCCAAAGCGAGGAGCUUCACCUGUGGGUUUGCAGCAGGGCUUCCUCCCUCGGCAUGGCGAUCUUAAAAGCCGGUGGGAGUGCAGUGGAUGCAGUAGAAGUCGCCAUCAAGUUCUUCGAGGACCAUGAGGUCACCAAUGCCGGAUAUGGUAGCAAUCUGACAAUUACUGGUGCUGUGGAGUGCGAUGCGACCAUUGUUGAUCAUCUUGGCCGCAGCGGUGCAGUUGGGGCGGUUCAAAAUAUCAAAAACCCAAUAUCGCUCGCAAGACUGAUACUGGAUGCCUCUACAAAGCCACUCUCGCUUAACCGCGUCCCUCCAAAUCUACUUGUAUGUGGUGGUGCCACUGACUUUGCAUACGAGCAUGGAAUGCCCGUCCUCCCUGGAGAUGUUCUCGUCGCCCCGGCCUCCAAAGAACGAUGGGUACGCUGGAAACGAGACCUUGACCAUGUUGCACGUAGGCUCCAGACACGAGAAAGAUACGCAGAGUUAGAUUCUUUUGUCCCUCGGCACGCAUCGCCACUUGCCAGUCGAGCGUCUACAGCGGCUGAAAGUAACGAUCCAUCUUCACAUGGGUCCUGUUUUGGUGGCCAUUCACCAGUCCAUGUGCCUCGAAACCCAAUUCACGUUGUCAAUAUCUGCCCUUCUAGAGAUCCCACAAGUAUGAUAAUCCCCAAUAGAUGUGGAUCCCCAAUGCUCUGUGUUUCGCGCAGCGAUGUUGCCAUGGAAGGUGACGGUGAAGUUGACGAAGACUACAUCGAUGACACUUUCCACCAAGAUUAUCUGCCAACUGAAGCGACACCUCAGCUGGAGGUCACUAAGAAGGCGGAGAAGCAACACGUGCGUUUGGAAGACACGGAAUUAGCUGAUGGAACGGAAACAUCGAGGUCUAAGGACGCCCAUGACCUCGCGAUAACUAAGGGUGAGGACGAAAUCACCGACACAGUUGGUGCCAUAGCUAUUGACUGUUAUGGCAACAUUGCCGCUGGCUCAUCUUCAGGGGGUAUUGGAAUGAAGUACAACGGGCGUACUGGGCCUGCCGCGUUAGUUGGAAUAGGAACUGCUGUUGUUCCUGUGGAUCCAGAUGACGAAAUGUGUACAUCUACUGCCGCCGUUGCGAGCGGGACGGGAGAGCACAUGACAACAACGAUGGCCGCCCAAACCUGUGCGGAAAGGAUCUACUCGGGAACUAAGAAAACCCCCGGUAAGCCGGGCGUGUAUGAGCCUACGACAGAAGAUGAAGUCAUUAAAUCCAUGAUCCAAACUGAUUUUAUGGGUAUGGUAAUAUCACGUUUUUGGUCUUGGGAUGAAACUGGCUGA